AUGUUCCAUGACAUCAGUGUUUUUCAGGGUUUAUCAUUUGACACUCGCAAUCAAAAUACUCCCAACUUCUUCACCACCGUCGUUAAAUGCCGCCUGCUCCGUCGGCAUAAACCCAAAGCUUCAACGCCGUUGGUUUCUCUUCCUCUCCCUAUCGGUUAAUUCCUUACAGGAGCUAUGGGUUGGAAAGCUGCUGAGAAACUUAUCAGACACUGGAAGAUACUUCGAGGGGACAAUGUGAUGAUAAUUCGUGGGAAAGAUAAGGGCGAGACUGGAACCAUAAAGCGCGUCAUCCGAUCCCAAAAUCGUGUUAUUGUUGAAGGGAAGAAUCUGAUCAAGAAGCAUAUAAAGGGAGGCCCUGAUCACGAAGGUGGAAUUUUCACGGUAGAGGCUCCUCUUCAUGCCUCAAAUGUCCAAGUUGUUGAUCCAGUCACUGGGAGGCCUUGUAAGGUUGGUGUAAAGUACCUAGAGGAUGGAACAAAAGUAAGAGUAGCCAGAGGCACAGGCACAUCUGGUUCCAUAAUUCCUCGACCAGAGAUUCUAAAGAUAAGGGCUACUCCAAGACCCACUACUGCUGGCCCUAAGGACACACCAAUGGAGUUUGUCUGGGAGCAAACAUAUGAUGCUAAAACAGGAAAGGGCAUGCCUGAUCUUUGAGCAAACCUCUUCACAAGCUCCUAAAAAGGAUUCUUCUUUUUGUCCCCUCCAUUUUAGUUUGAUAUGGGUCAAGAGCUGUGAGAUAAGGUGUGAGGUUUUGUUGAAGAACCUUUGAUCCUGACAGAAACGGAGUCGUUUUCGUUUUUAUUUAUUUCAUUGAUCUUGUAAACUUUUCAAGGUGCCAAAUAAAAACCAUUGGGAGAAAGUUCAAUAUUGCCUUACAUUGACUGACAAAAUAUACCAAUAUUUACAUGUCUAA